ACUAUCUUACAAUCACAAAUCUUUAGGUACUGUCAGCUAAAAUUUUUCUGGUUCCAGUUGUAAACUGGGAGUGCCCGCCUCUCCUGAUACGAUCUUUGACACAAUAACUUGUUCCAUGGAUAAGGAUGAGAUGAAGGUGGAUGGGAGUACGUUGCACCUGCCCAGUUACGCCGAUCGGUAUACGGAUAUCCCCCGUCUUAUACGCUUGAAGUUCAUUGCCCAGGUGUGUCCGCAACUAAGUGUUCCCGCCCUCGAAUUGGCCAUCAACCACGUGAAGACCACCUACAAUGUGAAGUUGUACGACGAGCUCUACAAGACACUGUGCGCUGAGGUGAGCAGAAAGUCCCUGAAGCAGGUCGAGGAGAACGACACAAGUCAUGCCCCAGAUCCCAAUGAGGCAAGUACCUCUAGUGGCAGGGGGAGAAUCGUGGUGCCCUACGAUUCCUACUGGGUGGAGGACAACACCAUGGAGGCCACUUUGAUGCUCCAGGAACUGGAUGCGGAGCUAAAUUUCAAGAAAUCCAACUCGGGCAGCGCCUAUGUGCGAAGGGUUCUGGAGGAGAUCGGGGAUCAUUACGAGAAGAGCGGCAAUCUCCAGAUGGCAGUCAAAUUUUACGCUCGAGCCAGGCCCUACUGUACCAGCAGCGACAAUGUGAUCAACAUGUUCCGCAACCUAAUCAGGGUCUCCAUUUAUAUGCAGAAUUGGUGGCACGUUUUGACCUACGUCGAUGAGGCCAAGCAGUAUGCCUUUGGGUUCGAGUAUCUCGCCCAGGAGGUUCCGGCUCGUCUGAGCUGCGCCGCCGGUUUGGCCAACAUGGGCCUCAAGAUUUACAAACCUGCUGCCGAGAACUUUCUGAGCACCCCCUUUGGGCGAUACGAUUACGAUAGAAUCGUUGCUCCUGAAGAUGUCACCUUCUAUGCGGGACUGUGCGCCCUAGCCACUUUCGACAGGGAGAAUUUGCAGCUCCGUGCCAUCAACUCAGAAUCGUUUAGUCCUUUUUUCCAACUAUCACCAAAAAUGUGGAACAUCUUGGCCAAGUUCUGCGAGGGUCAGCUCGAAACUUGUGCUGGCCUAUUGCGUGAAAUCGAAGAUUAUGUCAGGCUGGAUGUCUAUCUCUCUCCACAUGUGAACACCCUUUACGAGAUGAUCAUGGGCAGACUGCUUAAGAAAAGAGACAGAAAAACGAUGACUGAUGUUGUAAAAAAAAAACAUAGUUCAUCGUAAAAGCUAUUGUUUAUAAAAUAAUAAUUAUAAAGCUUGAUCCCAUUUGGCUAUUGUAGGUUCAUAUAUUUAUC